CAGUGAAACAUGCCUUCAGUCGCGCUGCGCACGUAUCAUGAUGUGCACAGGUUUUUAGUCCGUUGUACGUAAAAUGGCGGGAACUUUACGAUAAUAUUCUAACUUUUUAUUCUAACUAAAAUUUGUUUAAAAUACUAGUUUUAAAUUGUGAAAAUAUAGUUAUAUAAAUAUUUGUAUAAACAUUGCUAAUAAGUUCUAUAAUAGUGAUAAAAUAACGUUAUUUAGUCAUCAUCAUCAUCAACUGAUCUCUUCCAAUGAGGUAGCAGAAUGAAACAACAUAAUAUCAUGCGUCGAUCGAGUCACAAUCAACGGUAAACCAAAAUCAUAAAAAUAAUUAUCAAUAAUGAAAAAGUUAAAAGAGAAAGACGGAGCAAUUGCUAUAAAGUUAUAGACAAUUUCCAGUGUCGGAGAUGAAAAGUAUGCCAUAGACAAUGUACAACCUCCUUGGAGCAGCAACAACGUCGGCUUUGCUGCAAAUACUGCUUUCUUAUACAGCUGUGAGCGGCGUCAGCUGGGAAGAAUGGUGGACCUACGACGGCAUUUCAGGGCCGGCGUUCUGGGGCCUGAUCAACCCCGAAUGGUCGCUAUGCAACAAGGGACGGAGGCAGUCCCCCGUCAACUUAGAGCCAGAGAAGCUGCUGUUCGAUCCAAACCUGCGAUUUUUACACAUAGAUAAGCAUAGAAUAAAUGGUCUAAUAAGUAACACCGGUCACUCAGUAAUUUUUACAGUGGAAAACGAGACUCGGCACCAUAUAAACAUAACUGGAGGACCCCUCUCAUACAAGUACCAGUUCCACGAGAUCCACAUCCACUACGGACUCCACGACCAGUUCGGAUCCGAGCACGCCAUCAAUGGUUACUCGUUUCCUGCUGAGAUUCAAAUAUUUGGUUUCAAUUCACAACUGUAUUCAAACUUCUCAGAAGCUCUUCACAAAGCUCAAGGAAUCGUUUCAAUUUCUUUACUGUUACAACUUGGAGAUUUAUCAAAUCCCGAGCUCAGGAUAUUAACGGAGGAGUUAGAAAAUAUAAAGUACGGAGGAGCGGAAAUGCCAGUAAACCGGCUGUCGGUCCGAGGCCUGCUGCCAGAGACGGACUAUUACAUGACGUACGAUGGCUCUACCACUGCGCCCGCCUGCUACGAGACCGUCACAUGGAUUAUUAUUAACAAACCCAUUUAUAUCACUAAACAACAGUUGCACGCCCUAAGGCGAUUGAUGCAGGGGGAUGCGAGGCACCCGAAGGCACCCCUCGGAAACAACUUCCGACCUCCGCAACCACUUCACCACCGAGCCGUGCGGACUAACAUUGACUUUGACUUGAGCAAGUAUCCAGGCAAAACUUGCCCCAGUAUGCAUCGAGACAUGCAUUAUAAAGCCAAAACCUGGACACAGUAUUGAACCUCUAUGAUUCAACUACGGCAGGCAUUCAUAUAAUAAUAUUAUAUUAUACUAGCAGUUAUUUAUCUAAACAACGUUAUUCAGAAAAUUAGGGAUAAGUAUUUUGUAUAUAUAUCUUUUGUACAGUCUUGUUAAAAGUAUAUUGCUUGACUUAUGAACAGAAAGUGUACUUUUAAGUAGGUUAGUGUAAUUUAAAGGGUCUAUAAUCAAAUUGUUUUAGAGCUGAAUUAUCUAUAUACAGUAGGCUUAUUAGAUAACUUUUAGAUACAUAAUAUAUUAUUCAUAUGAACUGUUACUGUUAGUAAUAUUGUAUAGCCAUUUGUAAUUUAGAACAAAUAUUUUCGGAUAGAUUAUUCAAACUGCGUCUCGCUGUCAAUCUGUACUUAGUACCUUAUAGUUUUUAAAUAAAGUAAUUUAAAAAAUAUUAAACGGUUAUGUAUCCUUUUCGAACAUAGCACGCAUAAUUAAUAGAAAACAAAUUUAGUGUUUAGUUUGUAAAUCAUAUCAUAUCACCAAACAUUUAAGUAGGUAUAUAAAGUUUCAUAUCACUUCAUAUCAAGUGUGUAAUCGUAAACGGAUUGAAAAAAUAAUACAAUUUACUUAGUUAGAAUAUCAUUGAUUUAACAAAAUUAUUACUAACACAUACGUAAACGAAAUAUAGAGGAUUGAAAUUAAGCCAUAUCAUUAUAACGAACGUUUAAAUGUAUGCAAAUUGGUUUGAAAAUUUAUUAAUUUUAGUUAAGUAUAGAUUUAUAGAUGGAUGUAAAGCAUAAUUACAGCUUUAAUAACAUAUUUAGAGAGUAAUAUUAUGUAAAAUUUGAUGUCAGAGCGAUUUAUGACUUUGCUUCUGAGAAUGUAGAUAAUAUCUAUGUUUUAUUUAAAUAAACGAUACU